AAUAAUAUUGAUACAGGCAUAAAUUUAUCGAAUAGUCAUCGUUUAUUCUAUUAUAGACUAAUCUAUUUAUUUAUUAUCUCCGUAAUGAUACUGUAUGCUAUAUCAUUCAGUUUUAUUGCAUCAACUAUUGAAAAUCAUUCCAUGCCAAUUGUUUUUAGUUUUACAAUUGCUGGAAUUUUUUAUGCAAUCAAUGUAACAUGGUUGGCUGCUAUCUACGUUUAUACAGCAAUUCUGGUGAAUGAACGAAUUCAAAUUUAUAAAGAAGAAUUACCUACCUUUUCAAAUUAUGGUAUCUUAUUGCAAGAAAUAAUCCGUUUACGUGAUAAUAUUCAUCAUAUUAAUCAUCUCUCAUCGGCAGCAAUGCUAACGAAAACAUUGACCAAUGGUUUGAUGAUGGCAACCUGCAUCUGCACAUUUGAUCAUCAAUUGAAUACGCCAAAAAUUGGAUGGUUACCUGUGAUUUCUACAUUGACAUACUUGAUUCCGAUGUUUAUUGAUUUAUCGGCUAGUUGUAUGGCAUCACAAUGGAUGCAUAAAGAAAUGGGUGAUUUUGUACACGCAAUACAGGAACGUAUAGCUUUGGCUAAUAUUUUUCGGGUUCAUUAUAAUAAUUAUUAUAAAUCCCAUCCAGAAAGAAAGCAAUUGAUCAAUACGAAUCACAACAAUUUGAUUAUGACCGGCUUACGUCCAAUAAUCAAUGAUGGUGAAUAUCAUUGUUUAGAACAGAUUUGUAUGAUGCAUGAUUCAUUUUAUUUCACUGUGAUGGACACAUUUGAUCUGAAAAAUUUAUUUAUGUUAUCAUUAGCUAGUUAUGUAUUAAGUUAUGCAAUAUUGCUUAUACAGACCAGAGAUUCACAUAUUCGAUUUGAAUCAAUCCAAUAG